AUGGUGAACAUGAAGCCUGAAAUGUCCACGUUCGAUGACUUACUCCAGCUGCUCGGAACAGGAAAAUGGAACCUUAUGUCCUUCCUCUCCAUCUGCUACUGGGUGUCGCUGCUUCCUAGUCACAAUGUGGGACCGGCGUUCUUAACCCCCGAGGUGGGUCAUACUUGCCGGUUGCCAGAAAAUGCCACAGGCGGGGGGAAUGUCACCAAUAUGACUGGAUCGCAGUGUAGCUAUGAGGUGACGACAGCAGAUGGCAGCACUGAGGAACGCCCCUGCACUGAAUGGAACUUCGACAACGCCACCUAUACGAACACGAUUACUUCUGAGUUUAAUCUCGUGUGCAGCCUGAGUUUCCUGAGACCAACUUUCAAAAGCAUCUCCUUCUUCGGGGCCCUCAUAGGAGCGCCUUUCAGUGGAUGGAUGUCAGACAGGUACGGUCGCAAGAUGAUGCUCUCGGUGGGCACUGUAUCCUACGCCCUCCUGGCCAACGCCCUUUGCUGGUUGCCGGACAUCUACUCCAUCCUGACCGUGCGCUUCCUCGUCGGGUUCAUGACUCCGACGUCAGUACACGCAGGAUACACGCUGUCCAUGGAGACGUGUGACCCCCGCUACCGAGCCGCGACGGGCAUCCUUAUCUUCCUCCCUUGGACCGUCUCCCUUAUCCUCCUGGGGGGCGUCGGCUUCCUUAUCAGGGACUGGAGGGAGCUCAUGUUCACGCUGUCUCUGCCGAUGUUCCUGUUCCUCCCUGUCUUGUGGUUCAUAGACGAAUCGCCUCGCUGGCUGAUUGUGCGGGGUCGCCACCAACACGCUCUCCGUGUUCUGCAGAAGGCCGGCCGCUGGAACAAGGUCGCAAUGCCUGCCGAGGAGGAACUGUAUGCUAUCAUGGAGAACAUCCAGAAGGAGGCUCAGAAGACAAGGAGACUCAGCGACGCCCUUGCAUCAGGUCCUUUAUCUUGCCUUAGAGGAGUUACGAGGGAAGCCAUGGUGUUGUUCAGGACAAAAAGGAUCCGGAGCAUCACCCUGGCCUUGUAUCUCGACUACCUGGUUCUCGGGACUGUUUACUACGGCCUCUCCCUCGGUGGUGACCAGUUCGGCGUCGACCCCUUCGUGUACAUGACCUUGGGCGGGGUCAUGGAGCUCCCCGGCAGCACCCUCACUAUUCCUAUGGUCCAGAAAAUGGGGAGGAAACUGUCGAGUAUCCUGUGUUUCUUGGUAACUGCCGGAGCGCUGUUGGCUCUCGGGGUUACGACGCUGGGUUGGCUCGGGAUGGUGUUCACGAUGGUGGGCAAAAUGGCAAUCACAGCAGCCUAUCAAAUCAUCUACUUGUACGCCAGUGAAGUUUUCCCAACGGAAGUGCGGCAGCGUGGCAUGGGAACAGCGACAAUGGUUGCCAAGGUUGGAUCUGUGGCGGCUCCCUUUUUAGUAGAAAACCUGAGUUCCAUCGGUCCUUGGGUCCCGCUCGUUAUUUUCGGAGGAGUGUCCCUCAUAGCAGCCGGAGUCACCCUCAAACUGCCGGAAACACGUGGGGCGUCCCUACCAGACACCGUGGCUGAUCUGGAAUCAUCUGGCAACUGCUGACCUAAAACCUUUUGAAC